AUCAGAUGCUACAGGUCGUAUUUGAUGUGUAUCAAAAUUCGAUGAUAUAUGUUGGAUUUUGCUGUUUAUCAUGUGUCUUAACAUGUAGGAAUAAAACAAUAUAGUAUUCAGAAUGUCUUGGAAAAGAAAAACGAGCUAUCUAAUCGCGUGGACUGUGGUGAUAGGACUCUCAUGUGGUGUUGACAUAACUAUAAAUAACCAAGAAAAUGGAUUUUUUCUGAAACCAAUUUAUGAUAAACAUAAACCUUGGGAUCCUGCAGUAGAAGAGGAAAACUUUGUCAUUACACAAAAAUCAGAUAAAUUAACUUUCCAUGCAUUUAAUGGUCCUUUUGAUGAUUAUAAAACAGUUACCGGCAGUGAUGCAGGGGACAUGGCAUCGUACUUACAACGAGAGGGCAACAAUAACAACAACUUUGUAUAUGAAAACAUGGAUAUAAGUGCUCAUAUUGUAAGUCAAAAAGUUUCACCGAAAUGGCCAAAAUUACAAAUAAUGAUUCAUGCUAGUCCCCGAUAUAAUGUUAACAGUAAGCAUCGACAGAAAUCAAGUGUAUAUUCUCGGACGUUGUGUGGUCACAUCUUUGUACGUAACAAAGAAGCAGAGUUAUCUUCAAUUUGUGUCAUCGGCAGUCACGAAGAGGCCUGCAUUGCAGCUAUCAGUCUACCAAAUGCAUGGUGGCAUUCAAAUAGUUCAGUGGAUGUAUAUUAUGCUGUAUCGUCAUCUAAUCAAAACCAGGAAUGUGCUAGCGCAUCCAAUUCUAUUAAAGCUCUUACGGAACCAGAAAAGGAAGAAGAAACCAGUCCAAGGAAAUUAAUUUUAAGUGUUAUUUUAUCAAAUCCAGGAAAUCAAUAUGAAAUUCGACAAGAUGAACAAAUUCUUAUUUAUGUUCCAACAGAAGUAUUUGAACCAAAAACAAUAUUUGAAAUUCCAGUAAAAUUAGAGGCAAACUCAACAGUGCAGGUGUUUGUAAUGAGAUGUCGUGUUCGUGAUGGACUUAUUAUCACAGGUGCCAUUGCCAAGGCUGAUGGACCAUGGCAGAUACAUGUAGAUAUUAAUGAAAGACAGAAAAUUGGCAGUGUGACUGCAUUUGUCCGAGAUACAUCAUCCUACAAAGUUUCUACGAGGAUUCAGGAUAUAUUUAAAUGGCAGUUAGAGGUUGAAGAUGAUAGAUCUGACAUUGACACUGGUCGUAUUGUCUGGAGUGUGGAGUAUGAGAGGACAUCUAAACAAGAACUUUAUGUCUCUCAGGAAUCACGAAUUGUUUCUCACAUCAAUAUCAGAUCCCAGAAACAAGAUCAUCUGGUACCUGUUGUUAAGGUAAAUGAGGUAUUAAACUUGGCUAUGCUGACUGGUGUUAAACAGAUCUAUCCACUGGGAAUAUAUCUUGUGUCUGAAGACGGAGGUGCUAGGGAUGUCACUUUCAACACAGCUUGUCAUUCUGUAGAGGAGGAUAUCAUGAAGGUUGCCUCUAACUGUUCCUAUAUCUAUUUGGAUGGUACUGAAAGACGAGGCUCACACAACGUCACCAUUAUCACAAAGUCUGGACAUCACACAGCAUUCAUCCACCUGACAGUGUGGAUACCCAUGACUCCACUGGAUAUCAGUCUGUCAGACAACAAACUUAGUUUGAUACGAGGCUGGAAAGUAGCAUCUACCAGAGGAAAGGCUAAUAAGAAAAGAUCAAGGAAUAAACGUUUAGUAGACCUUGGAAUGCUAACUCAUCCAAGCGUUUAUCUUAGAGAUGGUGGGAAGAAGUACAAAGGCUGCCAUCUACGAUAUCAACAAGCAGAGCUAGACAUUUAUGGCGUGUUUUAUAUCGCCACAUCGUCUGGGAUCGAUUAUUUCAAAGGGAAGAAGGUAGCUCUGAAGCUGACUGAUCUUCUACAGAACAGGUUGAGGGUGUCUGACCCUAGGAUAGCUCAAUUGAAGGAUGGCAUUAUACAAGGUGUUGGCCCAGGUGUCACAGAGAUACAGGUUUUGUCUCCUAAUGGCCACAGUAUAGCAAUAUCAGAAGUACGUGUUGGUAGUGACAAAGUUUCCCUGACCAGACUGGUCAUAAAUGUUAUCACUGGGGUGACUGUGGAUGUACUGGGUUCCAGUGAAGUACCUGGAGCGCUUCUUAUAAAGGCUCAUAUAGAUAGCCAGUUUAGAACAGAGUACCAGGAAGGAAUCAUCAAUAUAGCACUGCAGUUUUCUGAUGAAACCAGGAUACCCCUGAAAUAUGUCAACCCUGAUGAUUAUCACAUGGCUGUGUCUACAUCCUACCGCCAUCUUGUAGGUGUAGUUAAAGAUAGUAAACCAUAUCAGCCUAGAAUUGUGGCUAUAAAGGAGGGACGUGGAGAGCUAUUCAAAAUAGAAUUCAAAUUAGGGAAGAAAUGUCACAAAAAGAAGUCCCUCCCAUUACAGACAGAUAUCGUUAUUAUUAAUGCUGAUUUUUCGCUUCCAAAUACAAUACACACUGAUCAGACUUUGAAUGAUUGGCCUGAUCAUGGAAACCAGCCAAGUGAAAGACGGGAAAACAAGCGACUAGACAAACCAAUUUACAGUUUUAAAUCCUCACAGAAAGACGAAGCACAUGAGAUCAAAGAUAAAGGAAAAUACAGCAAAAAGAGUUCCUCAGAUUCACAAGUGUAUGGCAUUGGCAUUGAUCUGAAUGAAAACUUAAAGCAAAUGGCUCGAUCCUCAAAAAAUAGGGCUCAAUCUUUGCAAAAUGAACCUGAAAAGAAGCGGGCUGAAAAUCCAGGGCUUCCUCCAUUGGAAGUUGGAAUGUAUGUUUUGUUAGCAGUGUUUGGUGUUGUGUUUACUGUUUUCUUUAGCAUUGUUCUAAUGUACAGACAUAAAAAGAAGCAUGCCACAAAUAAAAAUAAAGGUGGUACUGUGGCACAAGCUAAUGACUGGGUGUGGAUAGGACGUGCCACUUUAGAACGUAAUGCCAUCAAUACACAGUGUUCACAGGCACUCAUGCCUGAUAAUGAUUUCAACGGAAAUCGACCUGUACAAGUGGACAGUGGCAUCCACUCGGGAGUUCACUCAGCACAGAGUAGCAAUCGUAACAGCUUUGUAUCUACUAUAAAAGGAUCUGAAUGUAGUAUCCGCAUCACUGCCAAUCCACUGCCUGAAGAGCUACCAACAAACAAUAACAACGGCAACAGGGAACCAGAGUGGGAUUACGAAGCUAUGGGUAUGAACUAUGACCAGCUAGCAGACUAUUUUGAUAACCUUAAAGAAUCUACUGCUUAAAAUGAGAUAGUUUAACCUUGUUCAGCAGAUCAUCAAGUUGAGUUGUGAACUUAUUUUUAUGGAGGAACUAGCAGUUCAGAUAUUAUUUUGAAUUCGUCAGUUAAGUUAUAAAAAUACUGUUUAUAAGAGUUGUUAUAAUUAUAUUUCAUGUAUAUAUACACAUCAAUGAAAUCCACAAUGUUAUUCAUCUACAGUUCUACACUUUUCGAUUUGAGAAACAUUAAACAUUAUCUCCUUGACUGUUAGGUGAUUUAUUAUCCUCUGGUGUAAGUUUUGAGCUUUACACAUUUCGAUAUGGAUGUGAAACAUUAAACAUUAUCUACUUUACAAGAGUUUACAGCUUAAAUUUUCAUGGUCGAAGGGAGAUAAUUUAUAAAUCUCUUAAGGAGGUAGAUAAUUGUGGAAUGUUUCUCAUUAAAUAUUUUAUGAAAAGAAGUUGUUUUUUGUCAUAAAAUGAUGUAUUUGAUUUUUUUUUAUAAAGUAAUACAAGUGUUCUAAGUGAACUUUCAACUAUUUAAUUUAGAAUAAGGGUUUUAUUUGGGUUUGCAAUUUUUCAGAUGUUAUUGUAUCUAAAAUUAAAAUUUUGAUACUUAUGAAUUAUUCCUACAGGUCUUCAAAUCAGAAAUUUCUUUCAUGACAAUUUUUGAUAAUUAAUUGAGUGUUAAUAAAAAGUUGUCUUUCUUUAGGGUAGAAUUAACCUUUUCAAAUUCACUCAAAAUUACUGGUAUAAGACUGUUACCUGAGCAACAGGCGACUAAAGUUCAAAUGAUUCAUUACCAUGUCUCUCCAAAUCAGAGAGCUAAAUCAGGGCACUUGUUAAUUUCCAAUUUUGCAUGCAGCUUUAUUAACUGUCAUUUAAGCAACAGAACCCAAAAUAUUAAGCUAGUUAUAACCUUAUCUCUAAACCAGAUAUAUGUUUUUUCCCCAGUAAUGGAUGCUAAAAAUUAUUACUGUAUAUGCAAUCUGUUUGCAGCACACUUUCACUACCCAAUAAACGAAAGAACUAGUUAAGUAUUUAAUUUGGUCAAGUUUAGUAUUAGAUUUGAUCUAGUUUAGUAUUGAAUUUGCUUGAAAGUCUCACAUUUUUUUAAUGAGCUCGGUUCUAUGAAUUUAGGUUAACUCAAGAUGAAAAAGAAUAGCUUUAUGUGAUCUCGUUCUUCUUAGUUCUAUAAUUCUUCCAUUUGUUACUCAUGCUUGCCAUUUUUAUAGAUUUUUUUGUUAGUUAUGCAUUUACAUAGAUUUUUAGGUGCAAUGAAUACCGUGUUAUUAAUCUUUUAUCGGCUAUAUUUGUAAGCUUUAUGUAAUUUCGUGCUGUUUCUAUUAUUGGUAUAUUGUGAAAUAAGUUACUUAAUUGAUAAUGUUGGUGAGGUAAUUUUUUUUAUUUUAAUGAUUGUUAGCAUGUUAGGAAGCAUGUUAGGAAUUAAAAAGAAUAAAAAAAAUGUUUUUUCAAUAAACUUCUGAAAAUUUUACUAUUCUUAUUUUGAGAUUUAGUUAAUCUGCUGGAAAAUGAAUUUUAGAUCUGAUUUUCACAAAUUUAUUUUGAUAUUAAGUGUGCCAUACUGUUUCACCUAAUAUAAUGUUUUACAAUAUAUGAUAACAUUGAUAAGUUAUAUAUCUGGUAAAAACUUAAAUUAUGUGAUUGUUUUUUCUUUGUACACAGUUUAUGAUCAGUAUUUCAAUUACUAUGAAUGCUUAACAUGCUUAAACUGAUGUUUAAUAAAUGUACGUUAUAUUUAUGACCUAUUGAAUGUUGUGAAUUGAAUUAAUUUUAAUGAAUUAACUAUUUAACACAAACAACCAGUCUCACUUACUUUUCAGAAAUUCCAACCAAAAUUAACUAGACUUAGACUUGGGUGUAGUUAAUAAAGGCCACAGGCAGACAUAUACAUUGUAUAUAUACCUCUACUGUUAAGUUAAAACGCACGGUACAGAAACAAUUCAUCUUGGUCUGUAUUUCUUCAGUAUUGAAAACCGUGGGUUCUUCCUAUAGAUAAGAUUAAACUAAAAUAUAUAUGUAUAAAGAGAAGGGUAUUAUACAGCUUUCAGUAGCAUAGGUACCGCCACAUUUUAGGUAGAUUACGAAAUUAAACUAUGGCUAAUUUUUUUUUUAUGUUUCUUGCAUCUGAUAUUUGUUUAUUACUAGUUACUUAGUAUACCCUUCCAUAGACUUGUGCUAAAAUAAUACAAUGUUUCUUUUCUCUUCGGACCUUUGUUUCUCCUAACAUAUUGGUGUAUAUUUAUUGGAAGCAAUAAACUCAUAGGCCGAUGUAGGCAAAGACAAAUUUAGUAAAAUUGAUUUAUAGAUUCUACCGUUCAACCAUUUAUUAUUAUAAAUUUCACUACAGACUAUUUGAAUUUCAAAAUAUUCAAGUUGCUGACUUGCCACUUGACUUUAAGCAACCAACAAUCAAUCAAUCAAUCAAGUUGCUGGCAACAAGAUUUUGCUUUUUCGCAAAUCUAAAUUUCAAAAUACAGGGAAGAUAAGAAAUUUCAGGAGUUUGUGUCAGUCAAGUUUCAUCAAGAGAUGUUUUUUUUAAAUGGUAAGGCACUUCAAUAAUAUCUUUUCAACAUUUUCUGUUCGAUCAAGAGAAAAUAAUUUUUUAAAUGGUAGACACUUCAAUAUCUUUUCAACAUUUUCUGUGACAAAGAAAAAGCAAUCUACACAUUUUUUUGCUAAUAUUUGUUGUUUUAUAAGUAGUUUUGUUAUUAUUUAUUAGUUGUUAAAUACUCAGUUGUACAUAGCUUAUUAUUUUCUGCUGUACAUUAUGCUGUAUUGUAAAUAAACAUGUACAAAUAUUGUGAUUAUCUCCCUUUGUAUAUAUAUAUAAAAAUUGUCUAUUGUGUAUGUUUUGUGUAGGGUAAAAUCUCAAAAGUCUUUAUGUAGUCUUUGAUGGUUUUAUUUAUGUUGAAUUAGAUAUAUGAAAUAUGAGUGAUACAAUUAAAAAUGCAGGACAUUGAUUUUUACCAUUGGUGAAUAAAUUUUUGAAACACUAUUAAGGGUUAACAGUAUAAUUCAAAAUUAUUCUUCAUGUAAACAUUCUCUUAUUGAGGUAGAACCCCCCUCCCACAUGGGGAUAACAAAGUUUGAAAUCCCUUCUACCUGGAUUUGAGUUCAGUUACUUGAUGUGUAACAUUUUCCACCAGCUUUAUUUGUUAUAUCAAAAAAAAAUUAUGAACAUUUUUAUUAGCACUUUUGGUUAAAAUUAGUCAUUGAACUGUGCUUUAAUUUUACAAUUGAAUGAAGCACAAUUACGAAAGAUUUAAAAUAUUUUCUUUCAUUUAGCUGUGAAAGUGUCUCCUAAAAAACUAGUUAUUCUCAGAUCCAGAAAACAUACUUCAUUGAUAUUUGAAGUCAAUCAAAUCACAUAAAAGAAAAAGGUCACAUGACACAAGACAUUUCGAAUGCCUUUCAUCUUUCUAUAGUGGAUAGAAAUUUAAUCCUGGUUAUCAAUGAUAAUUUUACAUAAUGAAAUAAUAUUUUUGCUUAAAAAUUAAAUUAUGCUAGUUUUAUGAAAAGUAAUUACCUGACAUCAAUCACCAUGGAGAUACCCAUCAUAUAUAUAUAUUGAAUGUUUAAAUCCCACAAAUAGUUUAUAACCAUGGUGAUAUUUACCCACCAAUUAAUAUAUAUAUAUAACUGCAGUGCUAGCUUUUCUGCAAAUGGUGAUAUGUGCCCACCAAUUAUUGUUGUAAGAUCAUCAGUUUUACAUGUAUUUAUAAUGUGCUAUUGUUUAUUUAGGUAUUUCAUGAAUACCACAUUAAAUUGUUAUUUUAUAAA